AUGAAGCUUACGAAGGAGGACGAACUUCUUUUGGAACAGUACGGACGGACAGCCUCCGCAAAGUCCAACAAACUCAUUUAUGGAAACGCGUUACUUGUUUCUCUAACACCUAUAUGUAAUUUCUCCUUUCACUUCAACAAGCUGCUUUUACAGGGCUCUAUUGGAGAAUACACGAGAUGGAUCUCAUACCCAACCUCAUUUUGUUCGCUAUAUUUACAGCGGUUUCAACUUACCUGAUUUCCCUUGCAUACACCAACUCAAAGGGGCCUCUUAUGGAAAGGUAAACGUUGAUUCAGCUAGUCAGUGAAGUCUCUAGAAUUGCUGUAAUCCGAACGGAUGCAAUAACCCAGGAGGUAACAAAAAAGAUGGGCAACGAUAAGAAGGUAUCAAAGAAGGAGAAAGAUGAUAUGUAAGUGGGGAAUUGUAUUCUUACCUCCGCUUAGGAUACGGCAAAAAACAAAGGAUGUGGCCGACUACGAGUCUACUACGUUCUCAAUUUUCUACAUCAAUGCCAUAUUUAUACUGAUAGCGCUCAUAUCUUCAACCGUGCUACAUCAGCUCUCGGAUCAAAUGUAUCCUUUGAAUUUAGCUUCAUUCAUAUCGGACGCUCAUUAAUUUUUGGCGCAGAUGCGUCACUGGUUUUCCUUUAGUAGCACUACCACACUUCAAAGGUGUCUGUAAACAAGACCUCUGGUAGAGUUUAAGACAGUUGCCUCCCGCAUGCAACGAUUUGUUUCUGUUUUCCUUGCGUUUGCUACUCGUAAGCAAUUAGAUUUUUUAAGUUAAUGCGAUGUCCUCAGGCGCAACUUUUUUUUUCGGGAAACCGGUCCGCGGUCUUGUAGAUAUCCCAUACACAAAUCCGUGGACUGAUAAGAGAAAAAGAAAUAAGCAGGACGACAUGGCGGUAAAGCAGAAUCGAAGGAAUAUUUUUUUAGUUUUAAAAACAGAAAUAUGUCACAAAGUUCGAAACUGGUGUUUUAUUAUCGAUACUGCGUGUUUCAUCUUUUAUUUUAUAGAAAUUGUGGGGGAGGGUGGCAAUCAUCCUUAAAUCCAUUAGACCCUCUUUAGAUGCCUGCUUUCCACUUAUCCAGGAUACACCUGUUGUUCACAGAACUACCCAUUAUUGCUUGAUGCAUAUGUGGUCUUGCCUGAUCUAGCUGAUCCACCUUGUUUUAGCCUUUCUAAGCGCCACGAUCUGCGGCCACAGCUAUGGAGGGCUCUGCCCGCUUUCUUCGCCAUUGGCGAAGGUCGAAUAUCCUAACUCCAGUUACCACCGCCACCACUUCUUUUUGGACUAUGUUCGACCAUGUUUUGAGCCUACUUCCCGAUCGCCCCUGGCAAGACGAGGGCGAUAAAUCUAAAGGAACAAAACUAAACUGGCGGGGCAGGCGACGGACCUACCAAGCUGUCUCUACACACUUUUUGGAUAAGUUAGGAUGUCUUCACAGUCUUGCCACAUCGGGCGUUGACUGUCUUGUGUAAGACGACGUUUCUCAACUCCGCCCGGGCGAUUGUUCUGAAAUGACACUAAUCGAGAAUCUCAAGUUUUCGAUUUUCUCUAAAAUGCGUAACCCAUUGUACUCAACCCCAGAGGACUAGCCGAGCGAAUGAACUGUAUACGUACAGGUCUUUAUGGAAACUGAGCUAUUACAAUGCGUCCUUGGACACAUUUAAGGACUUGUAGAAACUCAACGGACAACCAACACCCAAACAACGCUUCCCCCCUAUCCCCCCCCUUUGUCAUCAACUUACCUUCUAGUCCUCCCGCCCGGUAGCCGUUAUUUACGAAGCGCUGAUCAUGCACCGAAGUAAUUUUUUUGUUUUUACUACCCAAAUUGAUAGCCCAGCUGGCGUUAAAAGGACGACGCCGCCGGAGUGGCUCGGGUCAGGUAGCUGGCGUCGUGGUGCGAAGCGGCCAUUAAAACAGUUUACACUGCUUUCAAGAACUUAGUUUAUACCUUAGUUAAGUAAGACAGACAACAAGAUACAACCUUGGGGAACGCCUGACAAUGAACAACUCAGGAGCGUUUGUGAACAAGAUUACGAACACAAGUGGAACGUCAGUAGGCGUUGUCUCAAAGAUAUUUUUUGCUGACCACCUAGCUCCAUUUUCCACUACUGGGCCUGACGAACUGGACCGACGACUGCAGCAAAAAACCAUGAAGAUAACUGCGGUCUACAUAGUUAUUUACUCAGUGAACAGCCUCGUGAAUCUUUGUCUACUUAAAAGCUAGAUGUCCAUCAGUCCCCAUGUUGACUUGAGACGGCUAGUUCUUGAUGUCAGACGUUUUUAAGACCACACAUGAGAGAAAAACAUUUAUAGUGGCCUGUAAAAAAACUUAGUGACUAGCGGAGUUGCACCUGUUUGCUGCUGGGCAUUUUAAGUGCUGUACUUGUCUUCACAGUGUGACCUGACGAGAUGAAGUCCUGCUCAGCAUGCGGCUUAGUAGUUUUCACACACUAAGCCUGCCUUAUGAAUUGAAGAUGAACACCACAGGUAUUGCAUAGCCCUCCAGAGAUAAUCUUUAAGCUCUUUUAAGGGACCCCUGGUUUAGCUCUUGGUAUUGCCAACGCGGGCUAACGUUCCUCAUCAAGCGUAUGAAGUUUCACGCCAGCGAGAGGGACCAAGAUGGCAUUGUUGGCUUUCAGAAGGCCCCAGCGUUCUCACUAGGACUCCAAGUGGAUAAUCUUUGAGGGCUGCAGAUUUUUACUCGGUUCUAUCGGCUAGACACCUUAAAGUCCUUAAACCUCUGUUUUCUUGCCCACUUACUCGAGGAAAGAGCGGCCCGCACUCCAUACAAUUGACAGAUGGGCUUUGACCAUUUUCCAGUCCUACUUGUCCUAUUUGCACAAUUGCCGUCUUGUUUUCCUUAACUCCAACCUCCAAACACCCAGGAAUUACGCCUUCUCCAUGCUGAUUGCCUCAGGCCUCACAGCGUUUCUGUCAUCCGCAAAACAGACGAAGUCACACAGGCAAUAG